UGACAGCUCCUUUUAAAGAUGCUUCUAUUGUGUCACUUCCUGUGUGCUUCUCUAAUUUUAUAUCUAGCAAUCACAGUUGAAGCUUUGCUUUAAGACUGCCCAGGUACAGUUAGUUUAAUUCUGAUUUGUCACCCAUUAUUACACACAUGGGUCACAGACCUCCCACUUAAUGAUUAAGAGGGAUGUUUGUACUUUUGGUGAUUAGAUCUAAAAAUGAACAGAUCUCCAUACUCAACUUUUAAAUAGAGUGUUUACACUUUUUGUGAUUAAAAUCUAAAAAUUGGCAGGGGUUACAAUUUGAUCUUCACAAUCAGGGGAGAGUUAAUUAUUUUCAUUUUCACAAUCAGGAGAGUUAAAUUUAAUCUUCACACAAGAUGUAGGGGUAGCUGGUUUGCUGAGUAGCUCAGUGGAUUGAGAGCCAGGUUUAAAGAUGGGAGAUUCUGGGUUCAAAUUUGACCCUAGACACUCCCUAGUUGUGUGAUCCUGGGCAAGUCACUUAACCCCCAUUACCUAGCCCUCACUGCUCUUUUGCCUUGGAACCAAUGCAUAGUACUGAUUCUAAAGCACAAGGUAAGGUUUUUAAAAAAUGUAAGUAUAAGGCACUACACCUGCAAUAUCAUCUGAAUAGAAAGUUUCUAAUGAGAUGCUUCCCUCUCCUAGUGAAUAUAGGUACUUUAGGGCAACAUUGUUAAACUCAAACAGAAAUGGGUGUCACUAAUCCAUCAGAAGGAUCCCUGAAGGUCACAUAUUGACUUAGUUUUAAAGUGUAAUGUUAUUGAUGUUAUCUUGGUUGUACUAUAUUCUUAUUUAGUUUGUUACAUAUUUUACAAUUACAUUGUAAUCUAGUUAAUGAGGAUCAUUCAUUUGAUACAUUUGCCUCUGAGUCUUUAGAGAGUUGCUUAGAAUAGAGGUGAAAGAUUAAAAAAUAGUUAGUAAAUGUGUAACAAAAUGAAUAAAACUUUACUUUGUGCUUUUCUAAGUCAAUAGACCACAAAGAAAUCCUCACUAUUUGAGUUCAACUUCACUGACCUAGAACUCUGAGAGAUUAGGUGACUUAGUCAAAGUCACAUAGGCAAUGUGUGUCAGAGGCAGUCUUCCUGGCUUUGAGGACCCUUUUCAGUCUGUUGUACCACAUUGCUUAUCUUCCAAGAGUUUUCAUAAUUCAGUUGUCACCUAUGUUCAGUCAUUUUCAAUCAUGUCAGACACUUUGUGAUUUCUGAGGUUUCUUUGGCAUUUUCUUCCUCUAGUUUAUUUAAUGGAUGAAGAAACUAAGACAAAAAAGAUCAAGUGACUUCUCUAGGCCAUACAGAUGGUAAGUGUCUGAGGCUAGAUUUGAAUACAGCUUUUCCUGACUCUAGGCCAGGUACCCUAUCCACUGUGCCACCUAUCUGUCUUCAUUAGCCAUAUAUGAUAUCUGAUGUUGAGCCUUUCCAGACUGAAAGUGUUUUCCUCAAAAAGCAGAAUUGUCAAUAGGCCUGUACUUCAAGCCUUUUUCAGAUUGGAGGAACCCAUCAAGAGCUGGUAUUCCACUGACAAAAUAUUUGAGUGUCAAUUAUCUAUACCACCUGAGGCUUCAUUGUUGUUCAUUCAUUUCAGAUAUGUCCAACUCUUUGUGACUCCAUUUUAUAAAUGAGGAAACUGAGGAAAAUGGGAAUAAGUGACUUGUCCAAAGUCACAUAGCUAGUAAGUGUCUCAGGAUGAAUUUGCAUUUAGAUUUUCCUGACUUCAGGCCCUAUGUUCUAUCUACUGCGCCACCUAGCUGCUUUAGCUAUACCAUUUUAUAUACUAUGAGAAGACUUCAGAAGACUAAUGCACUGUGUUUUAAUUCCUUGAAGGUGUAUCGAAUUGCAUUUCAUCUCAAGAAGGGAUAAGGGGAAAAAGGAAGGGAGAGAAUGUGGAAUUUAAAAUGUUAGAAAUGGAAAAUUGUUCUUAAAUGUAAUUGGGGGGGAAAUAAAUUAUUACUGAAAAGAAGAUAGAAAAGAAAAUAAGUAUCAGAACCUACUAUUUGUCCCCAGGCCCUCCAAAUGUAUAAUUACCAAUUGUUUCUUCCCUGAUUUACCUCCAAGGAAAACAAAACAAAACAAAAAACAAAUCUACAAAAUGGAACUAGUUCUGAAAUCCUCAGAGAUCUUAAUUAGACCAAGUGUUUCUCCUUUAAGUCCCUCUUCUCCUAAAUACUUGCAGGCAUUGUUUCUCCACAAUUAAAAUGUUAGCUCACUGAGGGCGCACCUGAUUCAUCUUUGUUUUCCCCUAACACGAGAUUUCAUUCACAGAAAGUAUUUAACAAAUACCUGUUGAACUGAAGAAAGGAAUUAAUGAUUUUGUGAUUUCUAAUAGGUUACCUGCUCUAUCCAUAUUUAUUGAAUACCAAACACUAAAUUAGAAUGACUUAGCUUCUAAUCAAAAGGAUAUAUUGAAUAUAUACUGGAGAGAGAGAGAGAGAGAGUACAUUUCUAACAGAUCUAAAACUCAGAGCCUUCUGAUUUCAAGAAAAGUUUCCACAUGAAACCCCAUAAGGGAAGGGACUGAAUAGAGGAACUAGUCAGGGUAGACUCUUGAUAUGAGCCAUUCUCUUCCUUCUGUGGAAUCUGGAUACAUUGGAUGGAGGACUGAGCUACUACCUGAGUUGGCAUUCUCACUUAGGAAGUUUUAUGGAUGUCACUUCGUUUAAGUUUCAAUUCUCUCAUGUACAAAAUGGGCCAAUAAUAUUUAUGGUAUUUAUCAGAGGAUUGCUAUGAAGAAAGGACUUCAUAAGCCAUAAAGAAUUUUACAACUGCAAUUUGUUAUUUUCAAAGAAGAAUUUCGUUCCUGGUAAAGUGCUUGGGUUUUUGGCCAAAACCACUGGCUAGAGCAGACUUGUGAGGUUUACUGUUAUCCUUUAUGCCCUGGACAUUUUCUGCUAGCCUGUAUCAUGUGAUGGGUUGCUCAACUGUCAGAAACAGAGCUUUUUCUACUCACCAGCGCAAGAGGCCACACUGGUAGAGCAAUAAAUAGUACAGAACUUCUAAGCCAAUGUACCCUGUUUCCUACAAUUCCCCAGGGGUGUGAUUUCAAGGUUAUGUCCCAUUUGGCUUAGGCGAUGCCCUGGGGCCACAGCUGUACACACCAGUUGCUUGUCUGUUCUCAGAGAAGGGGUUUCUCUUCAUCCCUCCUCUGAUGACAGAAUAUGUGCAAUCUCUGAUACCAGAAGCCAAUCCCUUCUUGUUGUUAACGAGCAAGUUCUCUGAUGGUAGUGGAAGCAUUGAGUGUUUCCCCUGUGUAUUACAAAUGUUGCAAUGGAUAUUGCAUGAGUCACUCAGGUUGCUUGCAAUGUGAGCCUGUAGUUUUACCUAUUUCUCCAAAUGCCAUUCAAGAAGCUAGAGCUUCCUGAUCAACUCAGUUAGUUACCUGUGGAACAACUCAGUGAUUGGUCCAGUUGCCAAAAGGGGGGAUAUUAAUACCUCCCUCACUCAUAUGUUGGAUGAGGGAAACAUCAUUGCAUUUGUCACAACCUAUCAACCAACUCCAGGGAUCUGUAUGUUCAUUUUUGGAAAACAAUAUUACCUCUAGUGAACAUUCUCCAUUUUCUGCAAAAUGCAAACUUAAUUUUGUCAUUAAACUGUCUUAUUAAAGACAGCUUAAUUUUCUUGGGAGAAAAAAUAUAACAAGAUGGUGGAUCACUGGACAUUGGAUGAACUUUUAAAAUAGCUAUCUCUAAAAAGAACAAGAAACAGCCAAAAAAAUGGAAUAUCACAGAUUUGGAGCUGGAAGUGAUUCUAGACAUAUAAUCUCUCCCCCACCCCCACCUUCACCUUAAAAAUGAGGCAUUUCAGACAAAGAGAGGUUAAAAAACUUGCCCAGCAUCAUCCAGCUAGCAAGUGUCUGAAAUAUGAUUUGAACUCAGACCUUUCUAUAUCUAAAUCCAGUGACUGACAUUCACCUCUCUCCCACUGCCUUUUGAGAUGAAAGGAAAAGAGCUCUUCCUGAAGGACUAACCUGGGGAUGUUCAGUAGAAAGGGAGCCCAGAUUUGGUGACAGGGACUCAUCCCUAUUGGUCAUUCUUCUUGUUUUCAUGAAAAUGGUUUGGUUGAGGUGGGAGGGACUGAGGAAUUGAGUCUGGAGGUGGAUUAAACUAGCAAGUAUUUAUAUAGCACUUUAAGGUUUGCAAAGCACAGUGUCUAACAGUAUGGCCAUAAGCCCUUCUCAUGCUAGGAAAGUCCUUUGUUCUGUAGCAGUAGCUGCUUUCAUAUCCCACCCCCUCCCCAACUUUUUUCCCCCUUUUUACAGAUCUGUUUUAUAAUAAUAGCGGAGAGUCAUAUAACAUUUUCAGUAUCAUCUACAUUGUCUUAUUUGAGUCUCACAAAACCAUGUGCAAUACACACUACAGUUAUAAUUAUACCUGUUUUACAUAUGAAGAAACUGAGACUCAAGAGAUUAAGUGACUUGCUAUCACUGGUACAAGGCAGGUCUUGUGAUUUGGACCUAGAUCCCUCCAUGCUGACCAUUUCCAUGAUAUCACAUCAGAAUUCAAGGAAGAAGGGGAAGGAGACUUCAUUUUAUUCCUAUGUUUUCCUGUUACUUGUUAUUUUUAACACAUACUUGUUAUUUCCAAAAGCAGCCACUGCCCCUAGCAUGUGAGUAAAAGCAUUCUUGCCAGCUAAGGGCUUGCCUUAGACUUGAGUGUGAGAUCUUUCCACCGGUUUAUUUAUUCUGUCCUUCUAUGUGUGGGGCUGGCCAACUACUUCAACCAUUCCCACUCCCAUAGUCCCCUAGCAAAGGACAACAUACAAUAAUGCAAAUCCUUCCUAUAAGAGGGAGUAAAUAAGCAGAAGGCAAUGGCCUCUGACUUAAUAUUAUAAUCGUCUCAAAGAACUCUUUACAAACAGCCUGGAGGCUUGGAUCUCCAUCCAUUUGCAGACAAAGUGGAGGUGAAAGAUACCGAGACAAGGAACGAAUCCAAGGUUGUAUAAAGCAUCAGAGGGUGGAACUGGGACUCAGCAAACCUACCACUGGGGGGUUUUGCUGUGUAUGUCAUUUCUUUCUCAACAAAAGGACUAUCAUUUCUAGCCACACCUCUCUCCUUUUUUAAAAAUCGAAUUGUGAGCAAAGGCUAGUUAAAUGUUUCAGGGCAAGGCGAAGACAAAGAAGGAGAGGUGGGCAACACGGAGUUAGAUACAGAUAACUGCACAAGUCUAUGUAGUACUAUUGAAAUCCUAGAUUUUGAGGGUCAUUAGCUGAAUGCCAGUUCAGAGCCACUCCAGGGUGAUGGCUAGGGAUUAUGGUUUCCAGGGGGCCUGGUAAAAAAACUUCAAAGCCCCAAAAUAAAUAAAUUAAAUAAAUAAAGCUAGGCAACAGAUAACACCUUCGACCUGAUCCCUUCCUUCCUGAGCAGGCUAUGAGAUCUUACCAGGAGAUGCCCUGUUUUGGCUAAAGGAAACUUUUCUCUGACCCUGUCUCCUCUUUUAUUUUGCAAAUCAUGCCUCAUCUCCCCUUCCCCAGCCUCCGCUAAACCGUUCUUCCCCCCUCCCCCAAACACACCAGUAUCCCUGCGUCGCCGGCUUAGUCCACUGCCCACCCGGGAACCGGGUCGGAACCUCGAGCUCCAAAACGUUCCAUCCGGUUACCGUGGCAACACCAUCCGGCGGAGCCAGGAGGUCCAAUCGGAAUCUUCCGUAUCUCCGAAGCAGUGUCCAAGGUGGGGACGUGGGGGGACGAAGACAGGAAUGAGGAAAGGGGCGGGAGGGGGACCUGUCUUUCAGGGGCUCUUGGACUAUGCAAAUAAUCCCACUCCCCAGGGUCCUGGAGGACAGGCGAGGGCGUGGGGACCAAAAGCCGGGCAGGGGUCUCAGCCUCCUGUCAAAGGGGCGGAGGAAGGUCGAGUGACGCGAGCCUGGUUUGGAGCAGGCGGAGUUGGGACCUGCUUGAGGGAGGUAGGAGGGGGCUGGAUCCAGAAAGAGCAAAAGGCAGAGAAAAGGAGGAAGAGAGGCUAGAGUGGCUCACUGGGGCUGACGCUGCCCGAGCCACUCAGAGCCCCGGGAAUCUUCGCUCCUCUCUUUGGGGAAGAGCCCCCUUCCCCCACCUCCCUCCCCACUCCUGGGGCUCUCUCCUCCUUCCUCUCGCAACGCAACUUCAGCUCGAAGCGCACCUCCCUCUCCCCGCCUCCUUCCCAGCCUUCCCAGCCUUAGACUGUCUGGAGAGCUCGCCCUGGGACAGACCGGGAAACUUGAGCCCCUCGGAGCCUCUCUGGGAGACCUUCCUCCUCUACCCGACGGGCGGACGCUGCAGUCUUCGAACACCCCCUUUUUUCUCUCUGCCGCUCGGACUCGAACUCGACUGUUCACGCGCCUGAGAGGAAAGUCCUUCCCCUGGUCUACUUUUGCAAGCGCAUCCAGCUCCCCAGCCUCAACCGACUGCCUAGGUCCGGGAAAGAAGGAUCCUACCCGACAGGAAAAGCUGCGAACUCCGGGAGCCAGCUCGUCUCGUCCUUCUUCUCUCCGCCCUCCGCCACGCAUCUCUCUCCUCUCUACGUGGGGCUCAGGCUGAAACCCUGAACAACAAAACGCAGAUCUCUCCCGACCGCUGCCUUUUCUGUUUUUCCCUCCCUCCCUCCUUCCUUUUUUUCCCCCCUUUUCCUUUGGAGGAAAGAUCCGUGGGCGCCUCAGAAACUACAGACUCUCCUAGAGACCACUUCAGAGCUAAAAUAGACUCAGGGACGUGGGGUCCCCAGCGUUUUCUCCGAACCUCCUCCCCAAUCUCCAUCCAGCACUUGAGAAAACCCCAGACAGCCCCCAGACAAACCCAAGACCGCUCCGGGGAAGAAAAUGUGGUGGUUUUGAGAACGGAACCCCCCUUUCUAGUCCCCAAAUAAUCUAUGCAGCUAUGUCUUCAUUUAUAGGCGCUUCUGCCUGGUCUAGGCUUCCCAACAGCUGAGACGCGCCCAGGACUGGGAUGGAGCUCUGUGCAGCGACUCUCUGAUCCUACCUCCCGGCUACCCAGGGAGCUAGCCCAGGGAGCGGAGCUGUCAGACGGACCGCGGCGGGCGCGGACACUCGCAGAGUCGGAUCGGGGUGCUGGGGUGGGGGGGGCGGGGAGGCGCCGAUGGACGGGGAGAUGAAGGUCUGAGGCUCGGUUCUGUGAAACGUGACCAUGUGGAUUAAACAGCUCUUAGGAAUCAGUUCGAUGUCUGUCCACUGGUCGGGUUGCCCUAUAGGAAGCCAUGCUUGGAUACUUAUAGCCAUGUUUCAACUAGCCAUGGAUUUCCCCACCUGUGAAUCUCUAGCCCAAGGCCCGGAGUUUAGGCUCUUGCCUCGGCCUUUCCACAAUCCCCGAUUGUGGAGUUUUAAGAGUGGACUGGCAACGAAGGUCCCCACCCCUUUAUGGAACCUUCUUUCAUCCCAUCCUGAACGUGCACAUGGACAAAUACAGAAAUAUCAUUCCAGAGGGACCCACAGAACCAGGAACAAGGGGGUCAUCCCUUUGAAAAGUGGGUCAUUGAAACACCCAGAAGCUGCCAAAUUCAACCCUUCCAUUCCGUCCUUGACAAACAGUGGGAGGAUAGAACAGCAGACACCUUUGAGAAGGGACAAAAGGCAUCUACAAGGGGGUAGUUUGAAUAACUUUGACUUCAGAGGGAGCAAGCCCACAGUGGAAACUGAAUUUAUUGCCUGGGGUCCCACAGGGGAAGAAGAAUCUGUAGAAUCUAGCACAUCUCCUGGGAUUUAUGGCCCCACCACCGUCUCCAUUUUGCAAACCAGAAAGACAACUGUGGCUACCACCACCACCACCACUACAAGCUACAUCACUCGACAGCCUAAGGGGUUCACACCAUCCCUUAGUCCUGUUAUUAGUCAGAACAGUCCUAACUACCCUGGUAGGAUUAGCACAACAGAAUCUUCCCCUGGCCCCCAGGGCAAUGGCAAAGACAUCACACCACCACGGAUUCUGGGCGAGACCUCAGGUCUGGCUGUCCAUCAGAUAAUAACCAUCACUGUCUCCCUCAUCAUGGUUAUAGCUGCUCUGAUUACAACUCUUGUCUUAAAAAAUUGCUGUGCACAAAGUGGAAAUACUCGCAGAAACAGCCACCAACGGAAAAUCAAUCAACAAGAAGAGAGCUGCCAAAACUUGACAGACUUCACCCCUGCCCGGGUGCCUAGCAACUUGGAUAUCUUUACCGCCUAUAAUGAAACCCUGCAGUGCUCACAUGAGUGUGUUAGGACCUCAGUGCCCGUGUAUACUGAUGAGACUUUGCACCCAACUGGGGAGUAUAAAACCACCUUUAAUGGAAACAGACCUUCUUCUUCUGACCGACAUCUAAUUCCUGUGGCCUUUGUGUCUGAGAAAUGGUUUGAAAUCUCCUGCUGACUGGCCGAAGUCUCUUUUACUUCCUGGGGGCAGGGCAGACGCCAUGUGUCUAUUUCCUGGAUUCCGUUGGUGAACCUGUAAAAACAAAACAAAAAAAAUUUAAAAAAAAAACAAAAAAGUGAAAAAAAACAAAAAAAUUGAAAACUUUAAAACUCAAAAUCGGGGAAAGAGUCCCCAAACCUAUCAUUUCUGUUUGCCAUUGGAGAACUCAUGGAGCAGAACUCUAUAGGCCAAAUAUAUUUUUAUAAAAAAAAGGAACGUGCCUAUAGGCAACCUGUAUUGUCCCCAAGGAAUUUUGGGGGGAAAGAAGAGAAAAGUUUCCAGAAAUAAAUGGGGAAAUGAUGCUCUGAAGACAGAGGGAGAAAAAGGAGGCCAAGUGCAAAGGCCAAGAUGGACCGCCUGGAGAUAUGGAUUUGGACAAUGAUUCUGAACCUGUGCCAAUAACACCAUUACGUGCCAUGUACUGAGCUGAAAGAUUUCGUUUCAAACAUGAAGCUAAGUUAACUACACAUAGAAAUAUUACAGAAAACAGGGUUGGGGGUUUCUCUUCUGAGACAGUGAAUAUUUCUGGUUAAUAUACAUAUAUAAAUAUAUAAAUACAUACAUGGAGUCACACACAGACACCUUUUUUUGUACUGUAGCAAUUUUUGAAGCUCUUAAAUGUUCCUUUUUAAAGAAAAUGUGUCAUGGGUUACAGAAUCUGAUUUAUUUAACAUGCUUAGUAUGGACUAAAUAAACUGGUGUUUUUUACUUCGGCA